AUGAGAAGCGGGCGAAUCGACCGGAGCUGCACCUCCGCAAGCAGCAGCAUCCGCAGAACAAUGUAUCGCCUCGCCCCCCUUUUCCGACACCUUCCUCUUUUUCCCCUCGCGCCUCUCCGCAUCUGCAUGCUCCCUCGCACUGCCGUCGCUGCGCUCAGCGCGCCCCUUCUUGCGCGCCGCGUCCCUCCACUCCGCCACUGCCAGCUCCACGUCGUUCAUCCGCGCCUCAGUGCGCACCGCCGUCCCCGCACGUCCGCUAUCUCCGCCGCCUGCCGCGUACUCAACGCCCUCGCCUCGCUCACCCCGUCCCUCGCCUCCCCUCUCACUUGCUCAACAAGGCGCCUCAUUUCGUCCACCUCUCGCUUCAGAGCUGCCAUGGCCUCGCCUUGUUUCUUUACCUGCGCUUCUAACUCCUUCGCUCGCUCCUUCAAGCCUGCGCUUAUCUCCCUCAUCUCAAGCGAGGAAGAGAGACGUGGGAGGAAGGGGUUUCAAGGUGAGGACGAUAGGAGGAGGGGCGGAAGUGUUGGGGUUUAUGAGGAAUGGCGCGGGAGAGAAGGGUUUCAGGAAGAGGGUUUUAACAGGGAGGGGUUAAGGCGAGAGAGAUUCGCAAGAAGCGAAGGCCGGGGAGGGCGGGAAGGAUUCAGGAGAGACGACGGAGACCGCUUAAGGGGAAAGGGCGAGGGGUUUCGGGGACAGAGGGACGGGUUAAAGGGAGAGGAUGAGAGGUUUCGGGGAGAGGAGGAGGGGUCUAGGCGACAGGAAGGGUAUGGGAAGAGAGAGGGCAGAGGAAGUUAUGGAAGAGCGAGCAGGCAGGAAAGGCAAAGCGACUUGAGCAGGUUCAGUGGUUAUGGGAGAAAGGAGAGGGCCGGGAGGUGGGAGGGAGCGGAAAGGGAGGGGAGUGUAGAAGGGGCAGAGAGGGAAGGGAGGGGGGACGGUGAGAAGCGAUGGGGAGCGGGUACGAGAAGUGUUGGGGAAGCGGAGGGAGGGAAUUGGAGGGGGGUAGAGGCGGGGGGAGGAGAGGGACGGGGACGGAGCAGGGAGAGUUUUGGGGCAUCUGAGAGGGAGGCGUCUGACACUCGAGGGGCUUCUGCUGCUGGGGACGCAGCAGGACGAGGGGAGACGGAUGGGGGAGAUUUGGGGGAGAGAGAGUGGGGACGGAGUGAAGGCGGGGCCAAGGAGUGGAAACUGGGGGAGAGGGGAGCGGUGGAGGGGGGAGCAACGGAGAGGCAGAGCGGGAAGGGGCAUAGUGAAAACAGGCAGAGGGAAAGUGGUGGCAUUGCAGCAGGCGGAGGAGAAGAAGGUGGGGGGAGCAGGGGAAGGGGAGUGGCGGAGGAAGGGGUACAGCAAGGGGGGGCAGAAGGAGGGGAGGGCGGAGUGAGGGGAGUGGCGGAGGUGGUGAUGCAGCAAGGGGGAGUGGACGUCAUGGGUUGGGAUGACGUGUUCUUUGCUGACGUGGGCGUGACGUGGCAGGGCCUGGGGAUGCAGGAGGAGGUGGCGGAGGCAAUGCAAAGGGCAGGCUUCGAGCGACCAUCAGCCAUUCAGGCUGGCGCCAUUCCGCAGAUCUUAUCGGGAUCAGACGUGGUGGUGGCAGCUGAAACGGGCAGCGGGAAAACGCACGCCUACCUGGCACCCGUGCUGAGUCAUGUGCUGACGUGGCGCGAGGAGGAGAGGCAGAGGGAGAUGGCAGAGAGGGAAGAGGAGAGGAGGAGUGAGGAGAGUUUGGGAGAGGAGGGAGAGGUGGGAGAGGUGCGGAGGAGGAGGGUGGGAGCGCGCAAGUUUGCUCUGGUGCUGUGCCCCAACGCUGCCCUGUGCCGCCAGGUGAUGGAGAUGGCCUUGUCUCUCCGCUCGCCAGACAACCGCCCCUUGCUCGCAGUGGAGGCUGUCGUUGGCGGGCAGGCGUGGCCCUCCACCCCACCGGACGUGGUGGUGGCGACGCCAGCGGCGCUCUUCAACCAUCUCUUCGCGUUCGACCCCAAGCAGCGCCGCCGCUCCGCGUUUGUGAGGGACGUGGCGCUGGUGGUGGCGGACGAGGCCGACAUGCUGCUCAGCGGGGGGUACGCCAGGAUCGUUGGGCGGCUGCUCGGGCUCUUCCGAUUGGACGAGAAGGAGCGCUCCGAGGCUGCCAGGCUGGCAGCAGGGUCUGCCAGCGUGGCUCGGGGAUUUGGUGCUGGGGAAAGCGAGGAGGAAGGGAGGGGGGAGGAUGAGGAGAUGCAUUGGACUGAGAUGGUUCCAGUGGUGGUUCAGGAGCAAGGGGAGGGAGGAGCGCAAUCGGCUGUUGCUGCUGCUGCUGCCGGUGAUGCCUCGUCUUCAGCUUCUGCUGCCUACCAGGGCAAGAAGAAAGCGGUUGAGGGAGCGGAGGAGGGGGAAGGGUAUGGUGAGGCGGAUAAAGAGUGGAGUGAGGGGGAGGAGGGGGGCAAGCAUGGGGAGGAGAGAGCAGCGGUGCUGGACGCAGCUGUGCGGCUGGGAGAGAGCGAGCGAGCAGCGGGGAGGGGGGGGAAGGUGGUGGUGAGUGUGCGGGAGAGUGCGAGGGAGGAGGGGAGCAGGAGGGCGAAGUGGGGUCGUCGUCGGAGGGAGUAUGCGCGGAGCAAGCAGUACGUGUGGGUGGCGGCCACCAUGCCGGUGGGCACCAAGAGGAGCGUGGGGGAGGUGCUCGCCAAGCAGUUCCCCGCCGCCGUGUGGGUCAGCGGUGGCCUGCUGCACCGCCACAACCCCUUGUCAGUGCCCAUCACCCCACUCCACACCUGCACACCCACACACACCCAAAGGCUUGUACGGCACGACUGGCAUCAGGUGGAUGACAGCUCGCGAGCCGCUGCGCUGCUGAGAGCGCUGGCUGGUGGAAAUGGUCAGCUGGAGGGAGGAGUGGAGAGCGGUGCAAAUGGUGUGCCGAGUGCAGAACAGCAUGACAGCAUCCAACGGACCAUGGUCUUUGCCAACGACGUGGAAUCGGUGGACGCCAUUGGCCGGCUCCUCCAGCGCCACCUGUCCUCUGCUGCUGCCACGUCAGCAGGAGGAGCCGAUGACGUGGCGGUAGGAGGAGCCGCUGACGUGGCAGCAGAAAAGGGUGCUGACGUGGCAUGGUGCGCGGUGUACCACAAGGACGUGCCGCUGGACGAGCGGGAGCGCGCACUGAGAAGGUUCCAGGAAGGAGGGGGUGUGCUGGUGUGCACUGAUGCUGCUUCAAGGGGAAUUGAUGUGGAGCAUGUGUCUCAUGUGGUGCAGGCGGAGUUCGCCCUCAAUGCCGUGGACUUCCUUCACCGCGUGGGCCGCACCGCCAGGGCGGGCAGGCCUGGCCGCGUCACGAGCCUGUACACAGCUGGCAGCGCACCAUUGGCCGAGGCCGUGAGGGCGGCGGUGCAGAGGAGGGAGAGCACGGUGAGUGGUGGGGGAGGAAGGGGGGGAGUGUAA